CCACCACUGAGUCCACCACCUUCACCACCUCCAACCCCCACCGAGUCCACCACGUCCACCACCAGCUCUUCAACCACAUCAGCUGCCCCCACCGAAUCAACCAUGUCCACCAGCACCUCAACCACCUUGGUCCUACCUACCGAAUCGACCACGUCCAUCACCACCUCAACCACCUCAGCCGGGCCCACUGAGUCCACCACGCCCACCACCUCUAUCACCACCUCAACCACAUCGGCCACCCCCACCGAAUCAACCAUCUCCACCACCUCCUCCACCACCUCAUCCACCUCAGCCAUCCCCACCGAGUCCACCACCUCCACCUCAACCUCAACCACCUCAGCUGGGCCCACUGCGUCAACCACGUCCAUCACCACCACAACCACAACCGCCACCCCCACUGAAUCAACCACGUCCACCGCCGGGUCCACC